UCUAUCCUUCAUUCACGUAUCCUAAGCCGAAAAGCUGAUAUACAUUGUCGCUUAUAUUCGGCUCGUUCCGAGGUAAAAUCUCAUAAAAUGAGACCUUAUCCUUUAGAUAUUAGACAGUAAAUGGCACACCCUGGUUACUCCUUUUAUUAGGACUUGCGUUAGUCUCGUAUCACUAUAGGCGCCUUCCCGAAUCUCACAUAGGAUCGUCACCCUAGGAUACUCGCACGCAAGGAUAUCUCGUAUUCGAGUCUACGACGGCGUUACCAGUCAUGACGAUGCCGGCGAUGGCAUCGUGAUUUGAAGGUAUAGACACAUUAGACGAACACACCAAAAAAAUUGGGUUACUGGGGAAUGCGAUAUUUGAUCUAACGGACUCUAUAUGAGAUGGUUUGACCUCGCCCACCAUGGCGCAUCCGAAUGUUUACGAGAGGGAUGUGCCAAGAGCGCCUCCUGGGCGCGUUAGCGGCCACACUCUCAGCAUGCCUAUUUCUCAUACACAACACGAUAUCGCUAUCGCAAAGAUGGCACAGGCGGAUAUCAGCUUAGAACAACGCGAGCUGGAUCUGCUCAGCCCAGCGUACAUGCUAGAAUGGGAGGUCGGACACCAGGGUUGCGCCCGGAAGCGCAUCGGCGACGCGGAGCAACUGCGCGCGACGAUUGUUACGGAGAUAAAGGGGGACCGGCUUUUCGUCUUCCAGGAUUUGCCUGCGGAGUACCUGGAUACUGUGCGCGAUGAGCUUGGCGUUGAUGCGCGCUUUCUCGAGGCGCAUGCGGGAAGGCGGGUUUAUAGGCCGCUGAUGAAGCGUGGUUGGGGAAGAGCGGAUGUUAUGGAUAAGGUCACGAGAGAGAAAUCUGAUUUCGCUUGCUUCGAGUACCCGGAGAUGCUUACAUUGGCGAAGAGGGCUGCCGUGACUGGUGGGAGGCCGACUUCGUCGGUAGAUGCCAGAGGAGCCGGUGAUAUUGCUGGUGAAGCACCCACGUACGCGAUGUCAAACGAUGGAGAAUAUGUGAUGUUCUGCCGCGCUUCGCUAUGGUUGUCUGAUAGAAAGGAUGUUCUACUCUUAGACCCUCCGUCAUGGGCGCGGUCCUCUUCAAUGUUCCGGAAAGCGAUAUAUCCUUCGUCGGGGCCAUCCCACACCUGCUUUACUCCCAUCACCAGAAAGGAAAAGGGGGACAGUAUCGGUAGCGACACGCUACACAGCGAACCCACCCCUCGCGACAGAGACGACAUCCCCAGUCUCGAGACCCUGCUCUACCAAAGUCUAGCAGAGGAAGUCUCCGAGAAGAUAUACAAAGCAGCCGCAAUCGAAGACAUCGCCAUACACCAAUGGCACGAAUUCUUCGACGCGCUUCCGACAGACCUAAAGCCCGGCACCGCCGAAACAACCGCGCUGUACAAACAAGUGCAAAAAAGCCUUGAGCGAAACCUAACCCAGUCGCAGUUCCGCGACAAGAUCUCCUCCGACCACCGCCGUCCAUCCUCCGCCACCACGGUCUGGGAAUCCCUUCUUGCCCGUCUAAGCCGCCACCUCGCCUUACUCAGCUACCUCAACCCCCCUCCCCCUCCCACCCUCACCUCCUCCCCAUCCAACCCCCGCUCCCGCGCCCAACUCUCCACCGCCGCCCUCCCGCCCGCAACCUCGCACCGUCCCUCCUCGGAGCAGAACCAGCAAAGUCUAGACCGCGUCUCAUACAUGGGCGGGGUGUUGCUGCCGCUCUCCAUCGUCUCCAGCAUCCUAUCGAUGAGCGACCCGUUCGGGCCGGGCAACAGCCAGUUCUUCGUGUUCUGGGCCGUUUCCAUCCCAUUAGUCUUCAUCACCAUACUCAUCAUCUACGCAGACUCGAUACGCAAAGCGGAGGUGUGGAUCGAGGUCGCUAGUAGUGGGAGCACGACGGGGUCGGAGAAGCGGGAUGAGGAGGAAGGGGGUUCGAUGCCGGAGUUUGAGGGGGGGAUGGGGUUGAGGGCGAGGAGGAGGACGGAUGGGGUGGGGGUGGAGAUGUGUGAGUCGGAUUAUGGGGAUGGGUUUGGUGAGUGGGAUGGGCCGCCGCCGGGUAUGAUCGUGGAGAGGCUGUUUAAGGAUGCUGGGAAGAAGAAGUGGCGGAGGGAGCAGCUGGGAUGGAUGGGCGCGUGUAAGGCUGUGUUCCGGAUUUAUAAACUUAAGCAGGGUAGGCCGCCUAAUUGGGCUACGAAUGUGAGACGUGGGAACACGGUUUAAGCAAACGCGAAUGCAUUAGAACAAGAGGCAGAUAGGUGUAUUA